AUGGGGUGUUGUGUAAGUGGAGCAAUUAAUAUUAGAGAACCUGAUCAUAAGAAUGAUAAACCUAUUUAAAUUUCUCAUUCUAUUGUAUAACAAUAAGUUAUACAACAAAUAGAGGUAGAUUAAGAUGAUACAUUUGAACAAGAUAGAAAAAAAAAAAUUGUGUAAAAGAAAAUUGAUCUUCCUUGUAAAAAUCCUAAACCAAAAAAAAAAGAGAAUGAUGAUGACUACAUCCAACAUGAAUCUCCAUAACCUUAAAAACCUUAAAUUCCUAGAAAUGAAAAAUUGUAGAAAUUAAUAAAAUUUGGAAUGGAAUACGUUGAAUAAUUACAUCAUAAUUCUGAAACUGAAAAAUAAAUUAUUAAUGAAAUUGAAUAGUUAGUUUUUUCUAAUUAGCUUACUCUAUAAGAAUUGAAUGUAACAUAAAUUAUUUACUUUUUUUUAGGAAAUAUCUAACAAGUAUGAUAAAUCACUCAUUUAAAUAUUAUUUUUAAAAGGUUGUUAGGGAGUAACUUUACUUGAACUCAUUUUAAUUUAUAUUGAAGAUUUUGAAAUAAUCACUCAUUUAUUAUAAGAACAUAAUUUACCAAUCAAUGAUGAUCUCUAUUUUAUUGCUAUUCGAAUCGUUCAUAAAAUUAAACCAUUAAGAAAAAAUGAUAUCUAAGUUUAAUAAUCAAUUAAUUUUAUUAAAACAAUCUCAAGUAUCAAUUAACUUAAUACAUUGAUCUUACAUAAAGAGGCUCUAAUAUUAUUUAAAGGAUUUACUAAUUUUGGAUCAGAAUUUAAUCUCAAAAAUAGAUAUCAUAUAAAAUUAUUAAACUCAAUUGUGAAAUUGCUUAGAAAUUUUAAAAUUCAAUCAAAUUUAGAAUAAAUUUAUUAAAAUGCUAAAAUUGAUAUUAAUUUUACUAAUUUAUCUAUACCAAAGUCUAUACCAAAAGGAGAAAGUAAUUAGAUAUAUAGUUGUAAAAUAGAAUUAAAAAAUCUAAAAAUGAAUUUAUUUCAUUGGAUAGCAUUAAAAAAUGAUUGGAUCCUUUUUAAAUAAUAUGCUAACAAUUAUUAUUAAUAACCUGAUAUUUCUGAAUAAACUCCUUUUAUGAUUUUCAUUGAAAAAGCCCCUAUAAAUAUUAUCUUAGAAUAUCUAACAAUUUAUCCUUCAUAAUUAAAAUAGGCGAUAAAUUAUUCAACCACUUAAGGAAAGAAUAUUCUACAUUGUAUUUCUAUGAAUAAAAAUAUUUCAUAAGAAAAUGAAAUAGAGAUUAUUCAAAUCUUAGGAUAAUUCUAAUCCUUUGAAUCAACAUAAAAAUUACUAGAAUAACCAUAUCAUGAUCAAAUUCCCUUAAUUUCCUAUUUAGAUUAGCACAAGUCUAUUCUAAAUCCUGUUUGUGAAUUCUUGAGUUAAUUUAUUACAAAAAAAUUUGAUUUUAAUAGAUUAAUUGUUUAAGCUUCUAGUAUUUCACAAUUAAUUAAAAAAUCUAAAUAUAAAGAUCUUAAACAAAAUAAAAAUAACUAAAUUCCAAAAUUACAUGAGAAAUUCUUUUAUUAUGUGAAGAAAAAACAAAUUUUAAUAAAACAAUUUCCUUAAUCAAAUAUAUAAACACUUUAUGAUGUUAUUUAUUUGCAAUAUAUUUAACUAGUAAAAUAAGUAAUAAAAAAAGAUUUUAAAAUUAAUUUUGAUUGGAUUAAUAAUUUUAGCAUUUAUACGAGUUAUUUUCCUAAUGAAAUAGGCACCAGUUAAUAGACUUUUAUGAAUAUUUUAUUAAGAAAUGGGCAUUAAGAAAAGGUAAAAUAAACUAUUACCUAAAUGAUUUAAUUAAUUAAUUCAAAUUCAAAAUUAGAUUCUAAGACUCCAAAAGGGUUUUCUUUCAAAGCAUAAUUGCUAGCAUAAUUGAUUAGUUUAAAAAAAGAAUAAAAAUAAUAUCCUUAUUAGGGAGUAUUUGAUAUGAUAGAUUAAAUAGUUAUAGAAUAAAUUAAUUAAAAUCCUAAACUAUUAAUCACCUAAAUUUUUGGAAACUCUGAUUUUAGAUCAUUAGAACAUGAAACUAUUUAUUCACUACUAAUUUAGUUAAAUGAUUAAAAAUUAUUAGAAAGUUGUUUGACUGCAUAAUUAUUAUUUGAUAUGGAUUAAAAUAUAAAAUAUUCAAUUUUAUAUACAGCUUUUGAGUUGAAAUAAUUAAAUUCUAAAGACCAUUUGCUUAAAAAAAUAUUCGAUUCCAUCUAAAUUAGAGCUAAGAUUAAAUUAAAUAAUAAUAUUUUUGAGAUUACAUUUAAUGAUCAAUAGUAACCAAAAGAUAAUGAAUAACAUUAUUCAAUAAAUUUCUAAACAUUAAUUCAUCUUGAUAUAGAAAAUUAUGCUUUCAAAAAAUCUAUUAUUAAGUAGAUUCUUUAAUCUGAUAAUAAAGACAAUGAAAUUCCCCCUAAAAAAGCAUAAAUAUCAUAUAAAAAUAUUUUAGUAUUGAACUAAUAUUAAGAAUCUUAAAAAACUUUUAUAGAAAUGCUUAAGUUUAAACCAUAUCUAUUUUUAAAUAAAUUUUGGUCUUUAAAAGAUAAAAUUAAUUUUAAUCCAGAAAUAUUAACUGAAUAAGAUGUAACAAAAUAUUUUACAAUUUUUGAUUUAAAAUUUGAACAUUAUGAAUUAGCAUUUGAUUGGUAGAUUUAGGGAAUCUUUGCAUAAAUUAUACAUUCUAAAGUACCUAGUCAUGUCAAAAUAGAUAAAUUAAGUCAUAAACAGAAUGUUAUUAGAAAUUAAGUUAGCUAGUAGAUUUCAUUUGUAGAAGCUUUAGCUUAAUCAAAUAAACUUAAUUAAGAAUUUUAAGGUUUUAUGUCAAGCCAUUUAAACUAAAAGAAGCCCUUUCAACCAAAUUUGGUUAAAAUGAUAGAAGCAGAAGCUUAUAAUAAUAUUUAAUUUAUAAGUAAUUGGUUCAAAUUAAGUUAAGAUGAACUUAUAGCACUGUUAGCCAAAUAGUUUUUUUUAUUUGAAAUAAAUGGAAAAAGGAAAACCUAUUCACAUGACAAUUUGAUUGUUGAAAAAUUCAAUUAAUUACUUUCAAAAUUUUUAGAAAUUAAAAUUCCUUAGUAUGAAUAAAAUUAAGGCAUUUAAUAUAACUUUUCUAAUAUUAUAUCAUUAAUAUCACUUUAAAAUUGGAAAAAAAUAGAAGAAAAUACAAAGAGUUCUAUUUAUAAAACAAUUAAUUAGGAAUCUUUAAUUGAUUUAUUAUAUUAUGAAAAAGAUAAGGAAUUAAUAUAGUUAAUAAUUAAAGAUAUUCUAUCUAAAAGUUCUAUUGAAUAAAUAUAAAUGAUAAUGAAAAAUUGUACCAAAUCAUUACCAAAAAAUCAAAACACAAUAAGUGUGAUACUAAAUUAAGUAAUUAAGAUUGAGAAUAAAGAUGAGUAAACAAUAACUUUGUUAGAAAAGUUAUAUGUAUCUUACUUUUCACAUUAAGAAAAUUAAGCUCUUUAAUAUCUCCAUAAAAUAAAGCUAUCAAAAAAUAAAAUAUAUUAUCUUUAUGGUCUCGUUUUGAAAAAGAAUUAAUCAAUCUAAACAUUAAAUUAAUUAUUAUACUAUUGUGAAAAUAAUUAAUUAAAUCUUGAUAAUUAGAUAUAUAAAGUACCUUUAAAAUGUCCAGAAGCUUUAGAAAAUUAUUAUAAGGCUUUAUCUAAAUAAUAUUAUUUAGUUUUUACAUUUUCUUAAUAUUAAGAGUUUUGUAAACAGAUUCCUUUAACAAAAGAUUAAAAAAUUAAACAUUUAUAGUCAUUUAUAGAAAAUGGUCUUUAUGAAAAAGUGUAAUUUAUAUUAAGUUAAACAGCUUUUGAUUUUGAAUUAUAUAGUGCAAAUUAUUUUGAAAUAGUAAAACAAUUUUUAGAGUAACAAUUAUAGAUAAAGUUUGAGAAUAAUAACAUAAAUUAAGAUGAUGCAGAAGAUCCUUAAUAGGUUGAUGUAGAUGAAAAUGGAAACGAAAAUAUAAAAAAAAUAAAUAGAAUAUAAUUUUUUGAUUUCUAACCAAAUGAGAGUCAAUUCAAAAAGUUGAGAAACAAAAGGAGUGAUUUGGAAAUCAAAUAAGAAGCUUAAAAAAUAGUUCAAAAUUUUUGCAGAUCAAAUAAUAUAAAUCUUAUUUAAAGAUAAUAUGUUAAAAAAGUACUCAAGAUAAAAUAGAAUUUAAGUUACUAAUAAAGCAAAUGCUUUGGAGAAUAAAAAUAAGAUCGAUCUGCUUUAUUUAUGAGUACAGGAGGUUAAAAAACAGAUUAUUUAAAAUGUAUAGAAUUAAUAUAAAAAUAAUUUAAUGCCAAAAAAAUUAAAUCUAAAGAAAUUUUAGCUAAUUAUGAAUUUUAUUUAAAUCUAUUAAAUCCCAAGAAUAAAAAAAUAGAAAAAAGUUAAGCAAUUAUAUAAACAUUAUUGUCAAUAUUUGAAAAAAACAGAUUUCCUAAUAGUUUUUUAUCCUCAAGAGCAUAAGGUUAUAUAGAUUUAUAUAAUGCUAAUGUGAAUUUGAAGUAGAUAGAAAUAGAAUUUUAAUUUCCAUCAAAAUUUACAUAGUUUUAGAAAUAAUUUUUUUUGGAAGUUUUAUUAAAUCUUAAAAAUGAGUCAUAAAAUGAGAUAGCUAAUAUAAUUUUAUAAUAAUAAUAUGAAAAUAUAAGAUGUGUUAAAUUACUCUAAAAAAAUUUAACAGAACUAGAAAUUUUAAGAUUUAACAAUACUACAUUAUUUUAUGUAAAUAAAUAAGUAGAUAUAUUGAAAAAUAAUUCAUAUCCAUUGGAUGUAUUAAACUUUUACAAAAAUUCUGAAUAAAUUAAAACCUAAUUUUAUAAAUUGUAAUAUACAGCAGCUGAAUUAAAUAAAAAUUAAAUAUAUCUUAGAAAAGGACGACAUGAUCACAUUACAAAAUAAUAGUAAUUUUCACAAAAUCAUUUAGUAGCUGCAAUUAUGGGGAAUAAUUAUACAUCUAUUAUAUAUGCAUUGAAUCUUAAUGCUGAUCCAGUCAACUGUGGUUUAUCAAAUAAUUUGUUUUAAAUUUUAAUAAUUCAAUAAUGUGAGGUAAAUAUAAUUAAGUAUUUUAACUAAUUUAUUAAAGGUAAAGUAAAGGCUUAUGAAAAGCUAUUAUCAUUUAAUGACAUACCAAUUCUUUAUUAUGUAUUUUACAAAAAAAUGGAGAAAGUAUUUAAAGAAUGUUUUCUUAAUUAUUUAACAAAUAUAUUGGGUAAGCAAAAAGUACAUGAUCUAAUAAAAAAGUAAUUGGAAUUACCUUCAAAAUUAACUGAGUAUAAGAUUUAUUAAAUUGCUUUAUUAAAUAAAUGUUAUUAUAUUUUGAAUUACUUGGAUGGAAUCAUAACUAAAGAUGAUUUGAUACUUAUAAAUUCACCAUUGAUUUUUGGAUGUUAAAAAUAACCUUAAAAUAUAGAAGAAAAUUCUAAAGAAGAUUUAUUUUAUAAAAAAUAUUCCGAUCUAUUACAAUUGGCUCAAUAAUAAUUACCUUGGCAUUAAUAUGAAAGAUUAAAGAAUAAAGAUAAAAUAUAGGAAAAAUAAAAGGAAGAAAACAAAAAGAAGGCAUCAAAAAAAAAGAAAAAGAUGAGUAAAAAAUGGAAAAAAAGUUUGCCGACCAAAAAAGAAAUUUUAAUUUAGAAAUCAAAAAGUCUUUAUAUUAGGGAUAAAUAAUUAAAUGAAUUAAUAUUAUUUGAGUAGGCUUGCUUAAAUUCAGUAUUUAAAUUGUAGGCAUAAAUUGAUUUAAAAAAUAAGUUUUUAAAUUUAGCAUUAAGUGAUAAUAAAUUGGAAUGCUUAGAAAAAUAUAAAUAUCCAGAACAUAUGAUAAAAUAUUUAAUUUAAGAAGCUAAAACUAAGAAUGAAUUUUAAAACUUUGAUUAAAAUUAACUUAAAAAUUUCUUUAAAAAUUGUCUCUAAAAUUAAAUCAUUCAUAAUAAUUUAAUAUUUGAAAUUAUUGAAAUUAACCCAUUACUACUUUUAAAAGUAAUAUAAGCGAUACAUGUUACGUUAGAAUUAAUUGUGAUAUUGUAUAUUAAAUUAAAGGAUAAUUCUGAGUUUGACAGUUUUUUAAGAUAUCACUAAAAAAUGUAUAAAGAUUACAUAAGAACUCCAGAAAAAGGAGUGCCUAUUGAAGGAGAAGUAAUUGAAUAAGAGGAAGAAAAUCCUAUACCAAUAGAAUAUAUGAAACCAUCAGUUGCUUACAUAUUAAUAUUAUUAAAAAGUAUUAAGUAAGAUAAUUAUGAUUCAAUAUUAUUGAAUUAAUCAUAUAUUUCAACUCCCUUAUUUUAAAGAACUUAUGAAUUACUUAAAUAAUACUCAAAUUAAUAAAACCCAAUAUAGAUAAAAUAUACAAGUAAUACAUAUUAAUUUUUGAAAGAUUUCUCUUAAAUUACAUUGAAUAUAGAAGAUGAUCAUUUUUUUGAAAAAUUAAAUUCAGAUGAAAAUUCUUUAGAAUCAUCAAUUUUAAAAAGCAUCAUAUCAAUUAAGUAAAUUGAAGCAAUAGUUGAUAAUUUAAAGACUUAGUGUUAAAUUUAUCUAAAGAGCAAAAAAAAUGUUAAAGAUAGUAAACAAAAAUUUUAAGUUUACUUUGGAAAUGGUGAAAUAUAAAUUAUUGAAGAUUGUUUUUAAAUCUAUUUAACAAUUGAAAAUAAUUAGCUAAUUUUAAAUUAAAGUAAAGUUGAUAAUGUUCUAAAUUUUUUAAAAACUAAAACACACUAAAAAUAAUUAGAAUAAUAACCUGCUUUGAUGCAAGAAAUACUGGAUGUUAAAAUUGCAUAAAUUAAUAAAGUUAAUUUAUCUAAAUUUGAUUUUAAUUGUUUAGAUAUAGUUGAUUUUGAGGAUAUACCUUUAGAAGACUCUUUAAAUCAAAUAUUAUAAUUAAUAAAACCUUUAGAAAAAUGUGGAUAGUAUGAAAUAGAUGAUUUAUUUGCACCUCAUUAACAUGAAUAAAUUAGAUAACCAGAAUUAACAUAAUAAAUUUCAAUAUAAUAACCGGUAUUAUAAAGAUAAUAAUCUUCUUAAAUUGGGUAAUCACAUAGUUCUUUAGGAUUAUCUAAGUAAGUUUCAACAAGCUAAAGAUAAAAAUUAAAAGAAGAUUUUCAAUUUAUGUUAGAGCUUCUACCAGAUAACACUUAUUAAGUGAGAUAAAGACAUAAAAAAUUGAAUUAGAAAGAAAUAAUUUUUUCAGAGUUUUAUUAAUUUUAAUAACCAAAAGUAAAGUUGAAUAUAUUUAAAUUAAGUAAACAAGAAUUUUAAUAAUAAUAUGAUAGUCGAAAAGUAAUAUCAAUAGUAGUAUCGAAUCUUUAUAAAUAUAAUGAAUAUUUAGGUAAUUUGAUAGAAGGUCAAACAUAAUAAGAUGAAUGGAUUAUUGAUUUUCCAUUCUAUAUUUUCGAUAAUUAGAUUAAAUUUUCAGAAUGUCUAUUUGCAACAUAGAGUAUUCAAAUUAUAUUUAAUAAGCUUUUUAAAUUUAUUGAACAUGUAUGGUUUUUAACUGAAAAUGACAAAAAAGAAAAUAAGAAAUUGAUUUGGAGAAUAAAUGCAACAUCAUUUUUAGAAGUCUUUAUCAGUAAAUUAAUUGAUUUGUAGAAUUAAGAAUUAUCUAAUAUUGAAAUUUAUUCAUUAAUUGACUCAUUAUUGGAAUGGAAGAGUUUAGCUAUUAUUUUGAAUACAUUAAUAUAUCACAAUUUAGAAUAAGCUUAAUAAGUAUUAAAAGUUAUAAGGGGAGUUUAUGUUGAAUUUAAUGAAAUAUCUGAUUUGGGUUAAUAAAAUUGUUAAUUUAUAGAUACUAAUAGUUUUUUUGAUAAAACAUUCUUAUUUGGAAAUACUUCUUAUUUACUUUAAAAUUAGAUCUUAAUUAUUCGAUUGAAUGUUAAAAUAGAAUCUAAUAUUUAAUAAAUAAUUGAAAUAAAAAAUAAUUUAAUAAUACCAGAUUCUAGAAUUUAAUUGUAUUAUAACAAUAUUCUAAAUAUAUAUGAUUUUUUCAAUUAGAUUUUUAGUGCUGAUCAACUAGUUUAAUUUAUAUUUAAUAAACUUGAAGUUGAUAGAUGUUUGCUCAAUUUUUCAAAUAAAAUAAGUUAGUUUAUAAACAAAACAAUAACAUUAUCAAUAGAUCAUUCCUAAUUAACAUAGAUAUUUUCAGGAGAAAUAACCAGAGCAAUGUAAAUAAAAAAUACUGAAACAAAAUUUAGGGAAUUAGAAAGUAUUUGGUAUAUUUUAAAUGAGCUUUAUCGAUAUUUUACAAGAGAACUAUAUGAUUAUUUAGUAAAUUAAUAUAUUACUGAAAGAUUCAAUAGUAUAUUUAAUAUAAGAUUGCAUUGUCUUUUGAAUUCUAUAAAAUAUUAAAAAAAUGUUAAUGAAAUAUUAAAUUCAAAUGUAAGAUAAUUUAUUAAGUCUAAAAGAGGAUUAGUUUUAGAGAAGGUUUGUAAUUUAAAUAAAAAUAUAACUAAAAAGUAAUACUUUAAAUUUGGUUUUUAAUUGGUUACUUCUUUUUAUAUAAGUAAUUGUAAAUUAGGAGAUAUAUGUGCAAUAUGUCAUUAUGAUAAUUCUAAAUUAAAUUUAUUAUAUGGAUAAGUAGUUUGUAAUACAAAACCAGGAUGUUUGAUUUUUCAUAAUGUAACAGAAAAUCAAGCUAAAAGUUAAGAAGAAAUUGUUAGAAUGUAAUAAGCUUAUAUUAGAGGAACUAAUAUUUAAAAUUAGAUAUAAAUAAAUUUAGAAGAUCUUCAUUCAAUAAUUUUAUUUUAAUCGAAUUGGCCUAGUGAUCCUUUAUUUAAUAAUAGCAUUCUUAAUUUAUUUUUUACUAAUUUUGAAUAAGAUUUAUUUAUAUGUAAUGAGUAAAACUUCAUUAAGGCUGUGAUUGAAAUCAUAAAUGAAGUAGAUGAAAAUACUAAAUAAGAUAAAUUAGAUAGAUUAUUUGGAGUAGGUCUUGCAUCAUCAUAUAGUGAUAUUACUUUAACAUAAAUGACUCCUACAUUUGUAGAUUAAAUCAACUUUGAUUUUAUUUCUAUCAAUUCAUUAAAAAGAUAAUAAUCAGCUAUAGCUCCAAAUACUGUCUUUGUUAGAAUAAAUGAAAAUUAAUUUGAAUUGGAUCCUGUUCCAACUUAAUCUAUAAAUACAGCUUGUUAUUUUGAAUCUAAUGUUAAGAGUUAAAAAUUAUUAGGAAAGAUAAAUAGUUUCUUAAAAGAGCAUGAAGAAUUUACUUAAGUAUAUUUAAUAUUUGAUGAUGAACUUGAUCAUUUUGCAAAUAAAGCAUCUGACAGAAUAUUAAGUUAUCAUUCUGGUAUCAUCAGUUUUAUUAAAGGUUAUGAAUAAUUUAUUACAAAUCAAAAUCAAAAUUAAAUAAAUAGUUCUUUAUAAAUGUUUUUUGGAGUUGAAUCUAUUUCAUCAAUCAAAAUUAAAAUUGUAACAAAUUUAAUUACUAAAGUUGAAUUUAUUUUUGCUCCUUUCAAAGAAGAACAAUAAUCUUUAAUAAGAUUGGAAAAUUAAACACUCUAAAUUUAUUCACUUUUAGAAGAUUCAAAAAUGGUUUAUCCUGAGAUUGUAGAAAUUGCUAAUUUCUUUUUUAAUUUAAUUAUUAAUUUUAAAAAUUAUAAUUAAGAUCCUUAUCUAUUAAAUGACAAUAAAAUUCAACUUAUUUUCAAUACUGUCCCAGAAUUAGAUUAUAUAAAAUCAUUUGUAGAUAUAAUGUUGAUUUCCUAAUAUUUACAUAAAAUACUAUGUAUUGUAGAUAAAGAUAAUCAAAUAAAAAUAAUUAAUAUUUAGAACACUACAGAAUUAAUUACCAAUAAUAAAUAUUUAUUCUAUUAAUUUAUAGAUGAUUAAAUGAUAAUUAAUUAUUUUAGAUACAAUGAUUUUAGUUUUUCUGAUUUUAUUUUAGAUUAUUUGAACAGAAAUUAAAUUAACUAAAAGUAUAAAUAAGAAUAUAAGAUUUCUUAUUCUGGACCUUAAGUACUAUAAAAACCAUUAAUAUUAAAUCCAAAAGAUAUAUUUUCAGGUGUUAAUUAAAAAGAUUAGAUAGAAUUAAUAUCGAUUAUAGAUAUGAGUACUAUAAUAAAAAAUUAAGAAAAAGCAGAUCCAUUAGAGUUUAAGGAAUUAAUAUUGAUUCCAAUAAUAAAUGGAUUUUAUGUGAAUUUAUUCUAUUUUAAGAGUUUCUAACAUCCAAUUCUUAAUUAAUAUAAUAAUUAAUAAAAAAAUUAAUUUUAAGUAGGAGAGGAAAUAAGUUUUUUAAUCCAUCCAAUAAAUCCAUAAAUUGGAAUAGAUUAAUAAAUAUAAAAAAUAAAAAUAUAAAUAUACUAUGGAAAACUUGAAUAAAAAAACUAUAAUCUUAGUUAAUUAAUAUAUCAAAAAUAAGAAUAAGAGGAUUUAUUAGGUAAAGGAUAGUUAAUAACAAAUAAUUUUAUGCUUGUUACUAUAAAAAGUAAAUUUAGAAUGAAAAUUGGUAUUAAUUUUAAAUUAGGUGGUUUAUCUUAUCAAAAUUAUUAAUUUUCAAAAUAUAUAAGGUUUGAUUAUUAGAUUCAAACAGUAUAAGAUUUAGAGAAAACCAUUCAUAUUUAAGUAUAACAUAGUUAAAAGACUUGUAAAGUGGAACAUGAAAAAGAAGAACAUCCAACCUAUGGGAAAGGUGAUCAAUCUUUAAUGAGAUUACUUUCAAAAAAGGCUAAAUAAAAUUAGAAAGAACAUAAUAUAUAUUAAUAAGUUGAAGCUUAAUAACAUAGUAAAGAAUUAUAAACUGGAAAUACUAUAAAUAUUAUUAGUAAUUAAGAUAUAGCUGUAGCUACAAGAGCAGGGGUAUAAAGAAAGGAUUAUUUUGAAUUUAGAGAUUCAAAUUGUAAUAUUGUUGAUAAUUUUACUUUUGAGAAAGUUACUUUUGUUCAUUCUCUAUUUUAUUAGAUAUAAUAUGUUCCAGAUUAAGAAAAAAUAGGAGAAGGAUUGAAUUUGAUUUGGGCUCCUACUUUUAAAGGAAUUUAUCAUUUGUUUAUUGAUGAUGUUAAAAUUGAUGGUCGUUUUAUUAUUUUAGCUAAUGUACCAGAUUUAGAGAAAUCAAGAAUUGAAAUAUAGGAUAAUUUGGAAAUAAUACCAUUUUGUGAAAAAAUAUAAAUAUCUUUUUAUUUAAAAGAUAAAUUUGAUAAUUGUUAUGGUGAUACUGAAAACUAAAUAUUUUCUGAAUCUAAUUGUAAUGUUAAAUAGGUAUCAGGAAAUUAAUCAAAAUUAAAUUUGACAUUUAAUAAUUUAACUAAGAUUGGUUGUUUAAAUGCAAAUAUUUUAUUUGAUCCUAUUGAAGUAUUAGUUUUGGAAGAUAUAGUAGCAAUUGAAUUUUUCAUAAAUAAUUAAUUAAAGAAAAGUAUAAAAAAUUUAUAUUUUUAGGUUAAAUAUGGAAACUUUAAGGUUUGGGAUUAGAAAAGAGAAAAUAACGUUUUUAAAAUGAUAUAAAUUAGGUAUGGAAGCCCACACCUUAUAAUUUAAAUAUAAGUCGUGUUAAUUUCUUAGAAGAUCUUUUGGAAUUGUCAGAAAAGAAACUUAAUUAUUCAUUUAGUAUUAAAUUUGCAAAUGAACCAGGUAUUGAUGCAGGUGGUUUAAAAAGAGAAUUUUAUGAUAUGAUUGGUAAUACACUUAAAGAUGAGAAUUAUAAAUUCUUUUCUCCAGUUUUAUCAAAUUAGAGUAAAUAUUUUUUAAAUUCAAAAUUUAAUAAGUAAAAAAAUAAAGAAAGAUAUGCAUUAUUAUUUGGAAAAGUAUUUAUAUAUUUUUAAUAUAGUUAAUUGCUAAUGCAAUAUGUAAUUCUUAUCUUAUUGGAAUAGAUAUCAUAGCGCCAUUUUGGAAAGUUGUAUUUGAUGAAAGAAUUGUAUUUUCAGACUUAAGUCUUAUUUGGGAUAAAGAUACUUAUAAUAAUUAUGAGAAAUUGAAAUCUUUUAGUGAAGAGGAGUUAGAAUCUGUUUGUCUUGUAUUUACAUAUUCUUCAGGAAAUACUGAAGCUGAAUUAAUUACUAAAGGAUCAUAAACAAAUGUUUCCAAGAAAAAUUUAGAAUUAUAUCUCAAUAAAACUGCAGAAUAUGUCAUACAUAAAUAAUUUGAUAAAAUAUACAAAUCAUUUAUUGAAGGAUUUUCAUCAGUAUUAGAUAUAUAAGUAUAUUUAUUUAAUUAUAAAAUUUAGAUUUGUUAAAAAUGGUUAUUGCCAUAAGAAAUGUCUCUGUUGACUUAAGGACUAUUAGAAAUUAAAUCAGAAAUUCUACUCUCAAAAUUCCAUUUUACUGGAGGAAAACCAUAACAUAAAUCAUAUUUUGAGACUUAUGUUAGUUAAGCUCCUUCUGAAACUUUAAAGAAUAUGUUGAAAUUCAUAACAGGUAAUAAAUAUAAUUAAAAUUAGGUUCAUCCUCCAUUCCUUUUGAUUAAAGUUCUUAUGUUAUUACUGUGAGAUUUGAAUCAAGUCUCUCAGAUAGAAAAUUACCACUUAGUCAUACUUGUUUUAAAUCUAUAGAAGUACCUCUAUAUAAAAGUUAUGCAGAACUCAAAUAAAAAUUGGAUAUUGCAUUUACCAUUGGAUUUGAAGGAUAUGGAUUUGGUUGA